AACUCUGCCCCUCGCUCUCGCUCGUCACUUCACUCCACUCCACUCCAAGCUCGCUCGAUCUCAAGCUGAACCGCCUCCAAGAAACAGGCCCCCGCUCUGCUUUCCACAUCCGCCAUGGCCAGGCCGCUACGUUCCUUCUGCCUCCACCGGAUCAGGUCCGGCGGCGGCGGCGCCGCCGCGCCGACCGCCGCGCCUCCGUCGAUAUGCGGCGCCAAGGAGGCCGGCUCCAGCGACGGCGAGGGCAAGUCGUCGUUGAAGGGCGCGGAGGAGGACGAGGAGGCGAUGAAGAAGGGCGGCACCGAGGCCGUCGCCGUCGUCGUGGGGAGGAAGGUGAUGGUGGCGGCGGACGGCGGCAGCGAGGAGGCCCGGACGGCGCUGCAUUGGGCGCUCUCGCACGCUGUCCGGCCCUGCGACACGCUCGUCCUGCUCGACGUCGUCAGGGGAGGCGGCAAGAACCUAGGACGCGAUCCAAGAGGGUGUCAGCACCUGGAGGCGAUGAGGAGCAUCUGCCAGGCCAAGAGACCAGAGGUGCGCGUGGAGCUUUCCCUGGCCGAAGGGAAGGACCGGGGCCCGGCGAUCGUGGAGGCAGCGAGGAAGCAGGGCGUGUCGCUGCUCGUCGUCGGCCAGAAGAAGCGGUCCGUCACGUGGCGGCUGCUGUCAAUGUGGAUGGCCGGCGUCAAGGGCGCGGCCGGGGGCGGCGGCGGCAGCAGUGCAAGCGCCGCCGACUACUGCGUGCAGCACGCGGCGUGCAUGGCGCUCACCGUCCGGCGGAAGAGCCGGCGAGGCGGCGGCUACCUCAUCACCACCAGGCGGCAGAGGGAUUUCUGGCUCCUGGCGUGAGGUGCUCUGGAGAGCCUAUUCAGGAGUUGCUUUCAGGUGUGACAGACAAGUAGUAUAGACAAGGGGAAGGUGCUGGAGCUUCUAUAGAUAGUAGGGGAAUAAAUAAUGCAACAAAUUGGUCAUGCCGUUUGGCUUGAUGGCUUGGUUUUGCUUGUUGCUGGACUGAUGAUCCUGGAUCUUACAUGGAACUGUGGAAGGGGGCAUUGGGUUGAAUUAUUGAUGGUAUGGAAUUCGCGACAAAAGAUCAAAAGUUUGUG